UUGGGCGCCCAGGAGGCCCGCCUGCCAUUUCCUCUCCGGGAGCGAUUUCCAAAAUGGACCCGGGGCCGGCAGUUUUCUCCGGGGUCUAUAUGAACUCAAUCUCAUCACUGAUGGCCCUGCCACCACGGGAGCAGAAGUGACCAUCUCAGCCAGCCUGGUAGCCAAGGACAACAGCAGCCUGGCCCUGCCUGCCGACGGCCACCUUUACCGCUUUCACUGGGUCCAUACCCCACUCGUGCUCGUUGGCAAGAUGGACGUGAAUCUCAGCUCGACCAUCCACGUGAUUGGCAAUGAGCCCGGCGACCACCCGGUUUCCGUCUGGGUCACUGCUGCUGACUGCUGGAUGUGCCAGCCUGUGGCCAGGAGCUUUGUGGUCCUCCCCAUCACAGAUUUCCUUGUAGGGAGCCUCGUGGUCACCCAGAACACCUCCCUGCCCUGGCCCAGCUCCUACCUCACCAAGACGGUCCUUAAAGUCUCUUUCCUCCUCCAUGAUCCGAGCAACUUCUUCAAGACGGCCUCCUUUCUCUACAACUGGGACUUCGGAGACGGGACCCAGAUGGUGACGGAAGACUCGGUGGCCUAUUAUAACUAUUCGAUCAUUGGCACCUUCACCGUGAACCUCAAAGUGGUGGCGGAGUGGGAGCAGGCAAAGCCGGACGGUGAAAAGGUCAUUGUGCAGAAGACCGGGGACUUCUCUGCCUCGCUGAAACUGCAGGAAACCCUUCGAGGCAUCCAAGUCUUGGGACCCACCCUGAUUCAGACCUUCCAAAAGAUGACAGUGACCUUGAACUUCCUGGGAAGUCCCCCUCUGAGUGUGUGCUGGCGUCUCAAACCUGAAUGCCUCCCGCUGGAAGAAGGGGAGUGCCACCCUGUGUCCGUGGCCCACACAGCUUACAACCUGACCCACAUCUUCAGGGCCCCUGGAGACUACUGCUUCAGCAUCCGGGCUGAGAAUGUCAUCAGCAAGACGCAUCAGUACCACAGGAUCCAGGUGUGGCCCACCAGCUUCCAGCCUGCUGUCUUUGCUUUCCCGUGUGCCACACUUAUCACCGUGAUGCUGGCCUUCAUCAUGUACAUGACCCUGCGGAAUGCCACUCAGCAAAAGGACAUGGUGGAGAACCCGGAGCCGCCCUCUGGGGUCAGGUGCUGCUGCCAGAUGUGCUGCGGGCCCUUCCUGCUGGAGACUCCCUCUGAGUACCUGGAAAUUGUCCGCGAGAAUCAUGGGCUGCUUCCGCCCCUCUAUAAGUCUGUCAAAACGUACACUGUGUGAGCACCCCCACCCCGUCCCAUCUCAGCGUUAACUAACUGCUGACUCCGGCAGGCUGGCGUGCACCACUGACCAGGAGGGGUUCAUUGACGUGGGGUCACUGGCCCUGGCCAUCUGUCCAUCUGUACAGUCUAGCCGCUGCCACAAGCCCCUCUCUGACACCCCCCGGCCAUUUGCCCAUCUGUACAGUCAAGCCACUGAAGCAAGACCCUCUCAAGCACUCCACCCACCUCCCCACCUUUGAAGAGGCUCCAAGCAGGACUCUGUUGGUGUGUUCCAUGUUCUGUCAUUUGAUGGGGUGGGUCACCUACUUCCUUCCCCCGAGCAGCCCUGCCAAUGCCAGUGAGCUAAGAAGAAAGUCACAUAAGGGGAAGGAUCCAUUACAAAAGAUUUUGCACACAGAUGGACAUACUCACAGAGAUGUGCACACACACACACACGUGCGUGUCACCCAGGCAUCUUAGGUGAUUUGCUCUGUAUCUGUUAAGUCAGUUACUGGGAUGCACUGUGAAUUGGAACUAAGAUGAGAUUUGACCUUCUCCAUUGGGCCCCAACAGGUCCUGGGCCAGCCCCUCCUUUUGUGCAAUGUAUUCUCUGCAGUGCCCGUUCCUGUGGAAAAAUCCCCCUUUUUCCUGCCUGCUUGCUGGGGACUUGAUGGGGGCCGGACUCACACUUUGUGAGUGCACAGUGCUUUAUAAAUAAAUAUCGCUCUCUUGUGUCAGAACUCACAAGUAAAACUUCCACUGAGGAAAAGGACUUGAAGCAAAAGAAGAGGCCGAGUCCGUGGGGACUUGCAUCCCCUGGGUGUGCAGGGGCGUUCUUGCCACCCAGCUGCUCCUGAGGGAGCCUUGAGGAAGAAGAAGCUGGAGCAGGGGAACCAGCCUGCUCCUUCCCCACUCAGAUGGGUGACUUGGGGAAUGGUUGAGGGAGACAGCAAUGAGGGUAGGGGCAGCCUGAGCCUGUGAGGGGAGAGAGAGCAGGGCUGUGGGGUUGGGGCUCUGUCACUGUGCUGUUUGCUUCUGGACUUUGUGCUGAAAACAGCAUUCACGCCGUUGCACAGCCCAUUCUCAUGAAAUCCCACCAUUACUGCUGAAUAAAGCUUGUGUGCUCUGAAUAUAACCAAGCAUAAA